AGUCUUCUAUGAUGUUACUCUUCCGUUAUUUAUUUUGCUGAUAAAUAUACAUUCUUUGAUGCAUAGCUCCAGAAAUGGCAGCUGCACUUGUUCCCUCAGCCUUGGAGCUAAUAGCAAGAGUUGAAGCUGUAGCAUCAUUGAAAGGGGUGAGGCUGGGGAGAGAUUCUAAAAAUGAACUCCAAAGGCUUAGGCACAACCUUUUGGUCUUAAAUGCUCUCCUUGAGGAUGCAGAGCAAAGGAGAAACACCGACAGAAUUAUCCAACUUUGGAUAGAUUCGCUUACAGAUGCAGCUUAUGACCUGGUGGAUGUGUUGGACGAGUGGAUCACUACACUCAUGAAGUUGAGAAUAAAAGGAGUUGGAAAAACUUCUAUUCUGAAGGCUAAGGUAGGCUCCUACGUCACCCACUGUUUACAUACUGCCCAAGUUGUUAGGCGUGAUGAUCUUGCUUUCAAAUUAAAGGAAAUCAGUGACAGGCUAUAUGUGAUUGCCAAUCGAGGACAUGGGCUCUGCUUAGUACAAAGAUCUGUGUUUCAACAUAGCAGAGGGAUUGGGAGUACAGCUUUUGUUGAUGUGUCAGCUAUAAUUGGUCGAGAUGAGGUUAAGGGAGACAUUGUAAGCAGUUUGUUGUCUGCGUCCACUGAACCACUUAAGACAAUUUCUGUUGUUGGCAUGGGUGGGGUGGGAAAGACAGCUAUAGCUCAACUUGUUUACAUGGAUGAGGUGGUUAUGGAGCAUUUUGAUCAUAGAAUAUGGGUUUGUGUCUCAGAAGUAUUUGACGAGAAUAAUGUUGCCAAAACAAUAAUUAAAGGAGUUGAGGGUUUCAUAAGUUUUGAAGGAGUGGACUCCCUUGAUUCAUUUCCACUUUCUGCCCUUCUUAAUAGAAUUUGUAUAUCUAUCCACAGAAAGAAAUUUUUUCUUGUGUUGGAUGAUGUGUGGGCAGAUGACAAGCGACAGUGGGAAGGACUGAUCCAGACUUUCAAACAUGGUGCCCCAGGGAGUAGGAUUUUGUUAACUACUCGUAAGGAUAUGGUGGCAAACAUGAUGGUGGACUCACAUGUCAUUCAUUUGCAACCGUUAUCUGAUGAACAGUGUUGGAUGUUAGUCAGUCAAGAUGCAUUUUCUGGAAGGGGUGUUGAAGAGUGUCAGAAUUUGGAGGAUAUUGGGAAGAGAAUUUCAAACAAGUGUAAAGGCUUGCCUCUUACUGCAAAGGCUUUAGGAGCCCUCCUAAGAGGUAAGAGCAGUAGGAGAGAGUGGGAAAGGAUCUUGAACAGUAAAAUCUUGAAGUUAGAGAUUGCACAGCUAGGGCUUUUUCCUUCUCUACUUUUUAGUUAUAAUGAUUUGCCUUUACCACUGAGACAAUGUUUCAAGUAUUGUGCUGUUUUCCCAAAAGAUUUUGUAUACGACGGAGAAACAAUAAUAUACCACUGGAUGGCACAAGGCUAUUUAGGAUUGAACAAUGAUGAAGAUUUAGAAUUAAAAGGAAGAGAGUACAUUAGCUACUUAGCAGCUAGGUCUUUCUUCCAUGAUUUUCUGCUGGAUACAGAUGGUAUAAAAUCAACAUGGAAGAUGCAUGACAUUAUGCAUGAUUUUGCACAGUUUUUGAUGAUCAAUGAUGGAAUUGUGAUUGAGGUCAAUCCAGAAGGCAAUUCAAUGACAGAUUUGUCUUCCAGAAAAGCUCAUUAUUUGACAGCAUGUAUACCAGAGGGGCAUUGUCAUCCUACUUCCAUUUAUGGUGCUGAAAAGUUGCAUAGCCUUAUGAUCAUUUCUGGAGAGAAUGCAGUAACCAACGAGGCCGUGCGAAUCAUUUUUAAUCAAGCAAAACAGCUAAGGAAGCAUGAGGCAUGAUGACAGUCAAGUAUGAAGUGAAAGCUAGUUCCGUUGGUGAAGAGGAGCGUUGUUCUUGCAGAGAUCAGAAGCUGCUGGUUAAUGUCUAGCUACUAGUUUGUUGAAUUGAAUAUAAUCUUGUGUGUAAUUUAUUUUCUAAGCUAUGCUUUGCGACUUGUUAUGUGAUAAUUGUGAUCUUUUAAGGGUUCUGAAUGUUGUCUUUAGAGGAGUGUGAGUAGCUUUCUAGUUGUUCAACAUUAUCGAAGGAUUGAAUAUGUUGGGUAUAUAUGUAUCUGAAUGAAAGUUUCUUGGUGCU